AUGUCUUCCAAUCUGCUUAAUCGUGAUUUUACAUUCAUCAUUCCCAAGUUCCAUCUUCCGGCGCAUCAAGAAUCGUGCCACAUCGCCUACUCUUUCAACCUUCUGCCGUGGGUCGCUCGGACAGAUGGCGAAGGUGUUGAGUGGGAACAUGCCACACACAACCCGUAUGCUUCCAGCACGAAGGAGAUGGGACCGGGUUCUUGCCAUGACGUCUUGGAUGAUGCAUUUGGAGACAGUAACUGGCGCAAAGUGAGCAACCUUGCAUCUACAUUCUUAGCGAAGGUCAAGAUCGCGGUUCAAGAGCGCUGUGAACACGUCUCCGCCUUUCAGGACUUCGAUGCCGUUAUGACUGCAGAAUCCUCGGCAGAAGGAUGGAAGGAGAUGGUUGAAGCUUGGGAGAAUGAUUCAACCUCUCCAAAUCUGUUCGUCAUCACUCGGCCUACUGUCACUCUGGCUGGUGUUCGCCUUCAGCUGGCUGAGGAAGAAGCUACAAAUUUGAGCGAAGGACGACACAUCGCCGUGCAUGAACAGGUCUCGGCGAGCAUGAUGAUCAACAACGGCCUUGAUCUCGAAGAACAGCAACGACGUCUUCAGGUCGAUGCUGCGGCCCUAGGUCAACACGCAACUGAGCUCCAGCGAGCUAAGAUCCAGGAGAGAUGCAAUGUGCUGCAGUGGAAGAUUGAGGCUUGGUACGGCAUUCAGCGGUUGUAUAUGCCAGGUGUCGAUGUGCUGCGUGCGUGGGCAGCCGCUUCCCAAGAGACACCCUUUCCUGUGCAAGAGAUGCAACUGCUUCUGCCAAGUGCUGUUCAAGGUAUGAUGGCUUGUAGUCCUGCUCUGAUGGAAGUCGAAUGGCGACUGCACUACACACUGGCAAAUGACAUCCUCAGCGACCUUUGCCGACAUCUGCGGCUUCGCUCCCACAUGUACAUUUACAAGGACCGCUUCGUGCGUGGACAGUGA